AUGGAAAAGAAAACUCUUACAAUAACGGGACGAAAAGAACUCCAUGAACUAAAGUCGCCGGAAUAUUUGGACGAAGACUCGCACCAAGAAAUCCUCAAUUGGGUGCGACAACAAGCAGAAGCAAGGAAGAUUCGAAGGGAACAACAACAUAGGGAGGAGCAAGACGCACAAAUCCUCACCCCCCUCGACGAACCAGAAGAUAGAGUAAGGGAGAUAAGCGUCGAUGACGACAACGCAAUCCUAGACACUCCAGAAGCGUCCGAAGACAAACAAAGCGAGGAAGAAACGCCAGCAGGGCUAACAGCCACACAAGAGCAAGCUAUACAACGAUAUUUCCCCGCACCAACAGGAAAACAUUUCGCAAUUCCUAUUAUUGCAGUGGACACCACCACAAUAUUGAGAAACCCGACACUAUAA